AUCUUUCCGAAUUCCGCCAAGGAACGCAAAGAAGCUCAAAUGGUGCGCAAGAAGUUCUCAGCUGAUUCCCUAAGUGAUCACAUGGUGUUGCUGCGAGCUUUCCAGUUCUGGCAAAAGGCUAGAUUCGAGGGAUGGGAACAAAGUUUUUGCAAAAAGAAUUACAUCUCUGCUGCUGCCUUCGAUAUUGUAACAACAGUGAGGACUCAAUUACUGGGUCAGCUGCGAGCUUCCGGAUUUGUGAAGGCAAGAGGAAGUGGAGAUAUUCGUGACCUCAAUGCCAAUUCGGAAAAUUGGGCAGCUGUCAAAGCUGCUUUAGUAGCUGGCAUGUAUGAUAAUUUGGCGAGAGUUGAUCCGGAAUCGGGUAAUCUUAUAACUGCCAAUUUGUCAACUAUGAUACCUCGGGAGAACCAUGAUAGAGUAUCCUCUAUUAUUAGACCAAGUCCGCUUUCAGUUUUAUCAAUGAAUCUAAGCGAUAGCUCUCCAGUGAACCUUAGGCAACUGCCUUCUAACUGGCUAGUCUACGAUGAAAUGAUUUCCCAAUGUCCAAUGAGCAACCCGAAAACCAAAAAAUGUAAAAAUAUGGGAAUUGAAGAAAUGAGACUUGUAAACUGUGUCACUGUUGUCUCCCCGUUGACAACAGCUCUCCUAGCUGGACCUGUGCGCACUCCCGUCAUCUGCAUGCCCCUUGAAGGUUCUGAAUCCCACCAUCAGAACUACGAAUUGCUCAAGAACAAAGUGUCCCAUCAAAACCAACCCCUUACAAUGGCUGAUAUUGACCAAGUAUUAAGGAAUUUCAGUACCGAGGUUCCACGUCUUGAAACUUUGAACGUAUAUCACCCCGAAGAAAAUCCAAUGAAGAUUCAGGAUUCCUCCAGAGUUGACCAGAGGCGCAGUGUGAUAUUACGACUAGAUGGAUCUGCAGGCAUACUCUCCUAUGAAUGCAAAAAUGGAAUUCUCUGCUCCUCCGACGACUUAGGAACCCUUCAAAACCGCUUCAGCAACAAGAUGAGGUAA